AUGGCUUUCAGAAACAACCGUUAUGCUCCUGCAACCGAUCGUAAGGGCGUCGUGAUUCCUAUUGACCAUGUAAUCAAAGCCACCUAUCGGAACGUUAUUGAUGAUAUUGUUUACAGCUUUAAAUUCAAAUGUCGCCACUGCAGCAUUUUUAAGACGCAAGAUUGCUUCUCAAAGAACGAGAUUGCUCCCUACAAGAAUCAGCUUGCCCAAAAUCCGUCUAUGAAGCCGAAUGCGGUAGCUGCCCUUCUGAGAUGCCGCGGCUGCAAGGGUGAACAAGUGCAAGAGCUUCAGUGCGAAGGUCCAUGUGGCAACGUCAAGGUAUUGGAUCUCUUCAGCAAGGCUCAGAGAUCCAGAGGAAAUAAGUGGUGUAUGGAAUGUGUCCAUUGGAAGGAGGCUUACCAUCCUGAAGUCGAUCUUGCUCCUGCUCCAGGAAGUGAGUUAGGCCGGGAAGUCACGACAAAUGUUGCACCAGAAGAAACCACAGGCUCUUCUUAUGCUGCCAGUGUGAUUGCGUUGUCCCAAAAGACAGCAUCCCUUGCCAUCGGUAGUGCUUCCAAUAGUCGAAACGAAAACUACUCACAAUCCUCCAUGAGUAAUCCUUUUGAGGGCGCUCGUAGUGUGGACACGCCGGUCGAUUCCGUCGUUUGGACAACUCAAGACUCGAGGAGAAUUCGCCGCGUCGGUAAUCCUAUACAGUAUAAUGCAUAUGACGCCAAUGGAGUGCGUCACACUCAAAAGAAGACAAUGACUUCAACUUCCAUAGCAACAUCAACUAUUGGUGAAUCGAGCUCUUCUUCGGUUACCUGUGCCUCUCCUGCUCCUGUUGCCGCCGCCUCUCGCCUUAUCGCCACUGGCAAUCGUCCAGCCGCUCCCGCUUCUCCCCCUGCUGCACCAGCUGCCGCUCCUCAACCCGUUCGCGUGAUCACCAAUCAGAAUACCGGAUGGGCUAAACCCAUUGGUACUCGUACCAGACAACCGGCAGCCCACGAAACCAUUACGGAGUGGGCCCCCGAGUCUAAUACCCCCCACCGCAGAUCGACCUACGACUCCAGCGAUGAUGAGAUGUAA